AUGGCAGCUCUUUCUUUCUCUACUGCCACAUCAACCACCACCACUCUCUCCACUCUAAAUCCGGACAUCAUCCGAGCCGAGAUCUUGACCCGACUCGAUGGCCCAUCUCUCGCUGCUAUUGCUUGUGCAUCCUCGCAAUUUCUUGCACUCUGUACUGACGACAAACUAUGGCGAGAAAUCUGCUCAGCAACGUGGAGCUCUAUCGACCACCCACAUGUCCACCAAGUCAUCUCUACUUUCACUGGCGGUCAUCGCUCGUUCUUCUCAGAUUCCUUCCCCCUUCUCGAGCACCUAAAAGCUUCCAACCAAAAUCAAGAAUGUUUAUCUGGGCCGUCAGGUUUAAUCUCUGCCGUUGAUAUCCACUACAAGAACAAUCCCAUAUUCUCGAAUAUUCAAGAAACAGACACCACGAUGACGAAGUUUCUCUGUUCUCCUUUCCGUAUCGAGUUACACGGUCCAAACGAUAUCGUUUCAACUCCAAUACAACAUGAAGGAGAGAUUGAGGAGGUUCUUGAGCAUCUUAAAGAGAGUUUGAUUUUGAGUUGGAUCGUGAUCGACCCGAUUUCGAAGCGGGCGGCCAACAUGUCGUCGAGGAGCCCGGUUUCGCUAGAAUGGCCUUGCACAGCAAGAAACGUGCAACUCUAUUACUCGACGAUCAUGGCAGGAGAUGGACGGCUAGGGUUGGAAGCGGAGUUGGUGGAGUGCAGGAUAGUUGUCACAUGCAGUGGGUUAGAUGAAGGAGAAGUGCAUGUGGAUGACGUAAGCAUGGAGAUAAGGGACAUUGAAGGAAGGAGAUUUGAUGGGAGGGAGAGUUUGGUAAUUUUACAGGAAGCCAUAGUGAAAGGGGAGAGGAAGAGGGGCAAGAGAGGAGAAGGGGAAAAGAAUUGCAAGGAAUUUGAGAGGAGAAAGAUAGAGCAGAAGCCAAUUAGAGAUAGUGUUGUAUACAAGCUUUGCUAUCCGAUUAUGAUUUUCAGUGCUUUUUGUGUAACUGUACCUCUAUCUAUGGCACUCUCCAUCAAGAGAUAUUCCAAUUGCAUAAUUGGAAAUACUACUUGA